AUGAACACUCAUACAAUUAGUCAACCAAAACCAUUAAUUCGACUUAUUUAACAAAUAAAAACCGAUUCUGUGAGUGUCUCAUCUACCUAAUCAUACGAUUCACAUUUCUCUGAUAUUGAGAGACCAGAAAACCCUAUGAUCAAGAACUUUAUAGACAACUAUGAAGAUGAUCUCGACACCUUCUUUGAUCAAUUGGAAUGA